AUGACUGAUCCGGACGGGCGCGGACAAGCCCCUGCUAUCCCCGCGUUUGGAACUACGCCCGAUGUCUCGAAAAAGCGCAAACACACGGAAGUGACUACUGGCCCCUCUGAUGACUUCGACGAGGAGUUCUACGAUCUCAGCGAUACUGAAGUUGAGGGUGACCCGAGCGCCAUCUUGACUGGCAGAUUCAGCGACCUCAUGACGGAAGACAUCGCCGAGAUACUGCGGCGCAAUGUUUUAUUCACCUCUACUAAACUUGGUGCGGUGAUCAAGGGCCUUGCUGUCCAUCUGAACCCAGCAUUCCACGACCGCGUAUUCAUGAUGUUCAGCAAAUCAGCCGUGGGCAUCCCGCGUGCACCCCAGAUGCCUCUUGAGCAUCGAGUCAAGGUCGGUAUGGCAUUUUGGGAGCGAGCAGUGGGUUAUUCUCACGAAGAAGAUACUCCCCUCGGAGACAACGCCGCUGGUUCUGCACUGGGAAAGAUUACCACAAAACGGCGCUUGCACAUCGUUCGCGCCAUUGUAGGCGACAACGAGUUUCUGACUACGUGUGUGGAGACUCACGGUAAGCGAGGGCUCCACGCUCCGUCCAUACCGCCGGAUACAUACUGGCAGUGGCUGCGUGUAGCUGAUGCUCGCGACCGAGACCCCGUUAACCAUGGCCCUCACGGUGUUCUCAAGGUGGACACAAGCCAGGCCACGAAGCCAGUUCGCAUCUCGGAUAUGUCAUACGUGCUUGCAGGCGCGAUCAGUCGAUGCACACUUACGGAAGACUGGGAUUUCGCCGGAUAUCUCGAUGAAGCCAGUGUCACUCUUCUGGAGACGAUUGGAAACCGAGUGAUAACAUCGCAGCGAAACGACAAAAUGAAUCACGGACUCUAUGACUCAAUGAACUGGGAUGCUAUAGACGACGGCCGUAACGCCAUGGGCCUCGCAGCGUAUCCACGACCUGACCGCCGGCCACCCCCUCGUCGAACUGGGACUCCUCAACAUCAUCCGGAUGACGACGAGUCCGACAACGAUCGUAGGCGUUCCGAUCAUCGCCGCCGCUCUGAUGAUCGACGAGGUCGAGACCACCGGGAUUCAUCUCGAAAGGAUCGUGGCUACUCAAACACCGCAUCUCACGAGAAAGAUCGGCCACAGCGCCCUCGUGGUUCGGAUACUAGGAGCUCUCGACCGCGACCGACCCAGGGAAAGAGGGCCGUCCAAUAUGACGACGUUGACCGAAGCAAGGCUGAUGCCCCUCGCGGGGACCACACCGCAAAAGUUGAUCAGUCCUGGAACAAUGCUGUUGAAGACAUCAGGGGCGGUAGUGUGUACAUUAGCCCCAACUAUUACAGCCGGGAGUCUACAGGCCGGACUGACCGCAAGAACAACGACGAAGGUCCUCCCGGAUCGCGUGGCCUUGGUGGUUAUUACGAUCGCUCCUAG